GUGUUCCCUACGUUACACGCGUUAGUAGUUACUCACUUUCCUUCUCUUCACAAACCUACUUGUUUCUCUCUCAUUUUUUCCCCACUAUAGCAUGUCUCUAAGUCUAGCCAUCAAACUACACCUGGCUUCUUCUUCUCCUUCUUUUUCCCUCCUUACCCUCAACAACCACCAACAUGCAAACAAGUUAACAACUUCCGAAACUUGUUCCAACACCAAGGUUCGUCCCAAACCCAUUUAUAGCACCAACCCUUUGAUCAUUCCCACGUGUAAAGUGAGGCCAAGAGUGCAAUACUGUGGCACCAUGAUCAAGAGUUCUUUGAUAGAGCCUGAUGGGGGGGCAUUGGUGGAUCUUGUGGUGCCUGAGGGUGAGAGGGGUGCUAAGAUCACCUUGGCUGAGUCACUGCCUAAGGUGCAGCUCACAAGGAUUGAUCUUGAGUGGGUGCAUGUGGUGGGGGAAGGGUGGGCUAGUCCCUUGAAAGGGUUCAUGAGGGAGGAUGAGUAUCUUCAGAGUUUGCAUUUCAAUUCCCUUAGGGUCAAGGAUGGUUCUGUGGUGAACAUGUCCCUUCCCAUUGUUUUGGCCAUUGAUGAUGAGACCAAAGAGAGAAUUGGAUCCUCUUCCCAUGUGGGGUUGCUCGGGCCUGAUGGAGAUUGUGUUGCAAUUCUUCGAAGUAUUGAAAUCUACAAGCAUAACAAGGAAGAAAGAAUAGCUAGAACUUGGGGAACAACUGCUCCUGGAUUGCCAUAUGUUGAGGAGGUGAUUACUCCGGCAGGAAAUUGGCUUAUUGGAGGAGAUUUGGAAGUGCUAAAACCUAUCAAAUAUAAUGAUGGCCUAGAUAACUACAGGCUCUCUCCCAAACAACUCCGUGAAGAAUUUGACAAGCGUCAAGCAGAUGCAGUUUUUGCCUUUCAGUUAAGAAACCCUGUACACAAUGGUCAUGCCUUGUUAAUGAAUGAUACUCGUAAGCGCCUAUUGGAAAUGGGCUACAAAAAUCCCAUUUUACUGCUUCAUCCUCUUGGAGGUUUUGUAAAGGCUGAUGACGUUCCCUUGGAUGUCAGGAUGGAGCAACAUAGCAAGGUCCUAGAAGAUGGAGUUCUUGAUCCUGAGACUACCAUAGUUGCCAUAUUUCCAUCACCUAUGCAUUAUGCUGGUCCAACUGAAGUACAGUGGCAUGCAAAGGCACGGAUAAAUGCAGGUGCAAAUUUCUAUAUUGUUGGUCGUGAUCCGGCUGGUAUGGGCCACCCAACUGAGAAAAGGGAUUUGUAUGACCCUGAUCAUGGAAAGAAGGUGCUUAGCAUGGCUCCCGGUCUGGAGAAGCUUAACAUUUUGCCAUUCAGGGUGGCAGCUUAUGACACUAAGGUAAACAAGAUGGCAUUUUUCGACCCAACCCGUGCUAAAGAUUUCCUCUUUAUAUCUGGAACCAAGAUGCGGGCUUUUGCAAAAAGUGGGGAGAAUCCGCCAGAAGGUUUCAUGUGCCCAAGUGGGUGGAAGGUUCUUGUCAAAUAUUAUGAAAGUUUGCUGGCAGAAGAGCCAUCACAACAGCCUGUGCUAUCUACUUAGACAUUCUUCUAAAAGUAGAAGCUUAGCAUCAAUUGAUUCCAAUGGGAGAGUGUUAAAAACACAUUUCUGGGAGUGCCAAUUUUUAUGCCUGGUCUUCCAGCUUCAUGAUCAAGAUUUAAGCAAUGCGCUAGCAUAUUUGAAUUUUUUGUACCAUAUUGAAUUGUCCUUUUCUUUUUAAGUUACUAUGACUAAAGAAUUUGUUGUGGUGCAUCAAGCAUAAUUGCAGAUGUAGUCUUCUAUCUAUGGACUCCUGUAAGACCAGUUCAAUAAGGGUGUGAGAAAUUCACAGAGCCUUGGUGCUUAUGGCUAUUUAGAGAGGGGAUAUAUGGGAUCAAGGUUUUAAAAAACGGUUCGUAACUGCAAUUGUAGUCGCAACUUGAAGGAUUUUGAGGUAUGUGUGACCACAUCAUGACCGUAAUUGUGGUUGCAUUAGCUAAAUUUGUUUACAGUAUCGAAGAUUGUGAUAAAACCGUGACUACAAUUUGAAUGAGCUAGAAAGUGGCAGUGAGAUGUGAUCACUGUUAUUCCCACUAGUCAAGUGAACCAAAUUGUGAUUUUAGAAUAAAACUAUUGUUUAUUAGGAA